CUCUCUCUCUCUCUCUGCGAGUACAGGAAAAGUGCUUUCGAUUCGACGGGACCCUCUUUUACCUUGUUGAAUCGAGCAAAUCGUUGGAUCCAGCCCCUUUCGUUCGCGAUUCGAUCCACAGGCCGAAGGAAAAUCUGGGUCCGUUUCUUUUUCUCUGCGUUGCGAGGAAAUGGCCGCCGAGUUCUUGAGCGGAUCGAGCUUGCUCUCGCCGCGCCAUCGUCGAGUCGCCGGCGGAAGCUGCGUCUCCGUGCUCCCCGGAAGCUUCAGGUCCGGCAAAUUCCCGGGGUUCCAGCUCAGGUUCCGCCCCCUCGCGAUGUCGAAGUCUCUGGGGCUGAGAUCCUCCGUCUCCAGAUCGAGGAGCGGUGUUUUCGGGGACGGAGUCGCGCGCAAGCAAACUGAUUGCGCGCCCAAGAGGAGGAUAUCGCGAAAUUACUCCUUGAAUGCACAGGGUAAUUUAAGAAUAGGGAAGGCUCAGAAAUGGUGGGAGAAGGGGCUUCAACCGAACAUGAGAGAGGCCAAUGGCGCGCAAGACCUCGUGGAGUGUCUGUUGAGCGCUGGGGAUAAGCUGGUGGUGGUCGACUUCUUCUCCCCAGGCUGCGGCGGAUGCAGGGCCCUGCAUCCGAAGAUAUGCCAAUUGGCUGAGACAAACUCGGACGUGCAGUUCCUUCAGGUGAACUAUGAGGAGCACAAGUCCAUGUGUUAUAGCCUCAACGUUCACGUUCUCCCGUUUUUCCGACUAUAUAGAGGUGCUCAUGGCCGGCUCUGCAGCUUCAGCUGCACUAAUGCCACGAUAAAGAAAUUCAAAGAUGCAUUGGCCAAGCACACCCCAGACCGUUGUAGCCUCGGCCCAACAAAAGGUCUGGAAGAGAAAGAGCUCCUGGCGCUCGCAGCCAACAAAGAUUUAUCCUUCAACUACAGGCCAAAGCCAGUUCCUGUCACGGAGCAGGAAGAAGCAGUGGCCGAACCUGUGGUAUCUCCCGCCCAGUCGGAUCUUCCUCUUCCUUCUUCACUUCAUCUUCCCUCAUCAACCCCUUCAGCUCAACAACAUAUGAUUAAUACAGCAAGAUGAGGUUGUCAACUAUAAUAUUUGGCCUUCAUCUCUCUUCUUCUUGUACGGGCGUUUUUAUGUUUUUCUGGGCUUGUUUCUCUCCUUACGGUGCUUACAAAGCAAGAAACUGGUACAGAUAAAUAGGUAGGACUUAGAUAUAUGUGUAUAGCCAGUGAUUCGCGAGCUGUGGAUUUAUGUUUUUUUUGGGUCCAAGCUUGCUGGUCUCUCGGUACCUACCGGUUACUUUGUGAGUAGCUUCUUGUUCUCUUUUAUGAUCGGGGAAGAAGCUAUUCAGUAAUGUGAAGAUCUUGUCAUUUUAUAUUCUAAUGUAACGUGCCUUGUAUGUUCGUC